AGGACCACAGUCGUUGUAGAUGCCGAGCCAAUUAUCGUCGGUCAGGGCGACGCUCCGCAGAGGAAGGAAUCUAUACGACUAGCCGCUCUCUCUGCUGUGAUGCAGCUGAAUGAUAGGGACAUGUUGGAAAAGAGGAAGCCCGCGCCAUCUAUCGCUUCAACGUCCCUUCCCACCACAGUGCCUUUGUCAAACGGGACCCAGAUCGAUUACGACCGUGCGAGGCAAUUCAUGGACUACUAUUGUCGGCGCUUCAAGUUUGGCAGUCCUGACAUCUCUUUCAAGGCGUCUAGCGGACGUGGAGGGUCCCAGUGGGAAGCCGUGAUGACAGUCGGCGGACGGCGAAUUGGUAUUGGCACUGCACCAGCCAAGAAGACAGCACAGAUCCAGUGCUACUUGGAUGUCGUGCAGUAUUUGGAGGGCUGUGACCCCGACCUGUGGAAGGAAUUCGUAGAGGCUGCGAAAACUGGCAAGGACUUGGGGCUGGCUCCGAAGGUUCACUUCCAUUUGAGUGACUCGAUAGGCGACGAUAUCAAAGAUCUAUGCGACCAAAUUGCAGACAGCACCCUCUAUCGAAACGUUCCAAGGAAUGUCUCCGGACCGGGCAGCGCGGAUGGCUCAGACGUGGGUGGUUCGCGAGCGCAGUCUCGACAACGAUCGAGCGUGUCUCCUGCGUGGUUGGAGAGAAAGUCCAAAGAACUUCAACGGAAGCGCCAGGAAUAUUUGUCUGAUCCCGCUACGGAGAAGAUGCGUACAUCCCGGGCUGCACUUCCUGUUAGCACGGUCGCUCUUCAACUUCUCGAGCACAUUCGCAAUAAUGAAGUAACUAUCUGCAUGGCUACGACAGGCUCAGGCAAGACCACCCAGAUUCCCCAGCUAAUUCUGGAUGAGUGGAUAGACCGUGGAGAAGGGGCUAACUGCAAUAUUGUGUGCACCCAACCCCGUCGGUUAGCUGCAGUCAGUGUUGCUGAACGCGUAGCUAAAGAGAGAAACGAGAGAUGUGGGGAGGGCUCCAUUGGAUAUUCGGUGCGGUUCGAGGCCAAGCCACCGCGAGAUCAUGGGUCAGUCACUUUCUGCACCACUGGUAUCUUCUUCAAGAGGAUGCAGUCGGCGCUGCUCGAGGGGUCCACUGAUCUGGACAAUGUGACGCACGUCAUCGUAGACGAAGUGCACGAGCGCUUCGUAGACACAGACCUGCUGCUUGUAGUCCUCAAGAGACUUCUGGCGGAUAGGAAGGCCAAGAAUAAGCCGCUCAAGGUAAUCCUAAUGAGCGCCACCAUUGACCCCAAGCUCUUCCAGGAAUACUUCCCUGAUGAGAACGGGCGCCCCGCUGAUGUUCUGGAGGUACCCGGGCGAGCAUUCCCUGUUGACAAGUAUUUCUUGGACGAUUUCCUACCCCAACUCCGCGCCGCCCCCUCUGCGAAUUCGAUAUUCCGGGAGGAAUCAGUAGUGAAAUACAUAGAUCGCGAGAUGAAUAUGGUCGCCCCGGUGACUCCAACGCAAGCAGCCCAUACCAUCAACGAAGACCUCGAUAUCCCGCACCCGCUGGUGGCACUCACUAUCUCUCACGUGCUUCAGAGCUCGGACUCGGGUCACGUUUUGGUGUUCCUUCCUGGGUGGGACGAUAUCGCAACGGUGCAGCGGCUCCUUCUUGAAGGAAAUUGGCCCUUCAACUUCAUGGACCAGCGCAAAUUCAGUAUCCAUCUGUUGCACUCCACGAUUCCUCUAGCUGAGCAGGAGGUCAUAUUUGAGCCGCCACCUGAAGGCGUACGACGCAUCAUCCUAGCCACCAAUAUCGCCGAGACGUCAGUAACGAUUCCUGAUGUCGUGUACGUGGUUGAUACUGGCAAAGUGAAGGAGCAACGGUAUGAUCCUGAGCGUCGCAUCACAUCCCUCGUGUCUGCUUGGGUCGGUUCAUCUAACCUUAUGCAGAGAGCUGGGCGUGCUGGACGGCACAGACCGGGCCAGUAUUUCGGUCUUUUAAGCAAGAAGCAAGCCGAGGUGCUCCAGCCCUACCAAACCGUGGAGAUGAAGCGCGUCGACCUGAGCAAUAUUGUUAUGCACGUCAAGGCACUGCAAUUCCCUGGUAUGUCGGUCGAAGAAGUUCUCGACGCUGCGAUAGAACCUCCGGCAUCGGAGCGCGUACGCUCAGCUAUCAAAGACCUCGAAAUGGUUGGCGCACUUGAUCAGGAUCAGAAUCUCACCUCUCUGGGACGAGUCUUGCUGCAGAUCCCUGUCGACGUCCAGAUAGCACGGCUUGUGCUGUACGGUUGUUUCUUCCGGUGUUUGGACGAAGCGUUGACUCUGGCUGCCAUCAUGUCUAACCGGGAACCUUUUGUGUCGCCCAUGCACGUCAGGGAUGAAGCCACCCAGAAGAAGAAUUCCUUCACCCCCAAGCAGUAUCGAUCGGAUGUGCUAGCUGCAUUAAGGGCUUAUAAUGAAUGGGCCCGGUUGCAAGAGAGCGGUCAAUACGUCGUGGCAAACCGGUUCUGCGUGGAUAACUUCUUGUCAAAACCGACAUUACUCCUGAUCCAGAAAGUUCGCGGUCAUCUCCUGCAAUCUCUGUAUAAUGCAGGUGUCAUCCAAGUGUCUUCCGGUGAUACAUCCCUCAGGUUUUCGAGGGGUAGGGGGGUCCCGCGCGAACUAAACUCCAAUAGCGAGUCAUUGCCUCUGCUGGCUGGCCUAAUCGCGAUUGCUUCUCAACCCAAAUUUGCCGUCCGUACAUCGGACGUAAUGUACCGGACUCAACAAGACAAGAACGUGGCCAUACACCCGUCAAGUGUGAAUUUCCGAAGGAGAGACAAGUUUGACCGGGAGGCUGAAGGUGAAGAGCGGCAGCUAUACGCCUACAUGGAGAAACGUCAAAAUCUGUCCGUUGCUGGCACGCAGGGAAGUCAAGCCCAGAAGUACAUUGUCACCACCACAAGAUUGGAUCCCAUGACGUACAUUUUGUUUGGCGCUCACGAAAUUAGAGCGACAGCGCACGGUCUGGAAUGCGACGAGUGGCUGCCCAUUGGGGGCAAUGUGGAUGCUCUCGAUGAUCUCCGCCGAUUGAAGAGACGUAUAGAAGACUGUCUGUUGCGCGUUUACGAGGGCAUCGUCGCAAGUCAGAACCUGGGCUUACGAGGUAGACCCCUCAGUGAACGUGAACAUGAAGAGGAGUUUGCGGAUGCCGACGGGGCACGGCCGUUGUCUGCACCCGAAGUGCGGGAAUUAGGAACAUACACCCAGCACAUCGUCAGCAUAUUGGAGGGAUACACAGAGGAGCAGAAUCCAACCCAGUCUCGUGUUGGCUCUCGUUCAGCAACGCCUUUGUGGUCGCCUAUGCCGCGUGUGCGAGACUUGGCAUCUGGUCGCUCCACGCCGUAUAGUUUCUCAAGGCCUAGCACACCCAGUCGACUGUGGCGGGAACUAAGAUGA